GCGUCUUGACCGAGUGCGUGGAGGUCGCCAGAAAUACAAGCGGCGGCUGGACUCAGAGAGCAGCACCUACCUGAGCUUACAGAUUUCUCCACCAGCUAAAAAGCCAUUAACCAAGAUUGUCUCAUACCUUCUGGUGGCUGAGCCGGACAAGCUCUAUGCCAUGCCUCCCCCUGGCAUGCCUGAGGGGGACAUCAAGGCCCUGACCACCCUCUGUGACCUGGCGGACAGGGAGCUCGUAGUCAUCAUUGGCUGGGCCAAACACAUCCCAGGCUUCUCGAAUCUUUCACUGGGGGACCAGAUGAGCCUGCUGCAGAGUGCCUGGAUGGAGAUCCUCAUCCUGGGCAUCGUGUACCGCUCACUCCCCUACGAUGACAAGCUGGUGUACGCCGAGGACUAUAUCAUGGACGAGGAGCACUCCCGCCUCGCCGGGCUGCUCGAGCUCUACCGGGCCAUCCUGCAGCUGGUGCGCAGGUACAAGAAGCUCAAGGUGGAGAAGGAGGAGUUCGUGACACUCAAGGCCCUGGCCCUCGCCAACUCAGACUCCAUGUACAUCGAAGACCUGGAGGCCGUCCAGAAGCUGCAGGACCUGCUGCACGAGGCGCUGCAGGACUACGAGCUAAGCCAACGCCACGAGGAGCCACGGAGGACGGGCAAGCUGCUGCUCACGCUGCCCCUGUUACGGCAGACGGCUGCCAAGGCUGUGCAGCACUUCUACAGCGUCAAACUGCAGGGCAAGGUGCCCAUGCACAAACUCUUCCUGGAGAUGCUGGAGGCCAAGGUCUGAUGGCCUGCCACACAGACCGGCUCCCAGACACAGACAGAUGGACGUACCACCACUGAAAGCUCCGCAGCCACCAGCCUCGACCUUCACCCCCUGAAUCAUGGCUAUGAGCAGUCCCAGAGGAAGGGGGAGGUCUAGCCCGCCUCCAGGUCGUGUGU